AUGGCGGCUCCCAACACGUUCGGGGAGCUUGGUCUGUCCAUCAUCGGCAUCGGCAGCCAGUACCCGCCAUACUCGCUAAAAACAGACUCAAUAGAUUACCUCAGUAACAAAUUCUAUCCUGAAUCACCUUCCAUGAAAAAGGUCCUCUCCAUCAACCGAUUCACCGGCAUUGACUACCGUUCCUCCAUCGGCACCCACGAGCACGAAAUCGUCAACCAGAAAGACGCGCCCUCGAUCGCGGAUCUACACAAGGUCUUCAUGAGCGAUGGUGUGCCCCUGGCAGUGGAAGCGUCCCGCAAGGCCAUCGAAGAGGCGCGUAUCGACCUCGGCGAAAUCACACACGUAGUCUCGACGACAUGCACCGACAGCGCCAACCCCGGCUUCGACCACUACGUCGUCAACGGCCUGGGCAUCACACACCAGGUGGAGAAGGUCCUGUUACACGGGGUCGGCUGCAGCGGAGGCCUGGCGACGCUCAGGACGGCGGCGAACCUGGCGCUGGGACACAAGGCCCGCGGGAAGCCCGCGAGGAUCCUCUGUGUCGCGCUCGAGGUCAGCACGACCAUGGUGCGCAGCGAACUCAACAGCAUUGACGAGCUGCAAGAGACCAGGAUAGGCGUUGCACUCUUCUCCGAUUGCGCGAGCGCGGUUGUGCUCAGCAACGGCGUCGGCGAGCCAACGGAACCCGUGUACGACCUGUUGGGCUGGGAGCACAAGAUCAUACCCGACACGGACGAAGAUCUUGGCUUCGAUGUUGACCCUGUUGGUUGGAAAGUGAUCCUUACCCCACGAGUACCGAAGCUCGCAUCGGCGGCCAUCCCAUCGACAUUCGCGGAGAUGCUGUCAUCCGUACCCUCACUACCGCCGAACUAUCAGAAAGCCGAAGAUUUUGACUGGGCGAUGCACCCCGGAGGCGCGACGAUCCUCUCAGGGGCCGAAACGAUGAUGGGCAUCACGUCGUAUCACAUGCGGGCGAGCUACGACACCUAUAUCAAUCACGGAAACUCGAGCUCGGCAACGAUAUUCAGCGUCAUGGAUAGGCUGCGGUCCAAGGACAUGGAUGCCGUGGCGCCGGAGGGCCGAGCCCGCGACUUUGUUGUGGGUUGUGCCUUCGGGCCGGGUAUCUCGGUGGAGAUGUGCAUGCUGAAGCGGAAUAUGCGGGCGCGAGACGUCACGGGUCUGCAGACGCCACCGGAGACGGAGAGCGAGGGUAGCACUAGCGAAGCUGGGGACGAUGGCGGGCCGCGGCCGGAGAAUUGGACCCCCUCGGGGCGACAAGCGGACCAAAUUUUUGUUGCGGCGGCAAUGGAGGACCUGGAACUCGAUUGA